AUGGCAGAUUCAACAUCCUCUCGCGACUUGGAGCUCGACAUUCUCUCAAAGAGCCAUGGUACUGAUUCUGAAGCACAAGAGUCCAUGGCCCGUCUUUUGGCAGACCGUUAUGCUCUGUCUGGAUCCCAGAAACCGUUUCUUAUGCUCUCUGCGACUGAGCGUCGAGAAGAUGAGCAAGCCGCGGCAGCCACAAAGCGCCAGGAACUCGCGUCACAAUCGCGGCAAAAAUCAGAGCAUGCAGCCAAAACGAUUCGUCCAGCAGGCGGGCCAGGAGGACACCCGUCGGGGACUGGUAAACGUGUGCGUAGCGUGCGACCAUCGCGGCUGGCACAUGCACGUACAGGAUUGCGAGAGUACAUUGGAAACGCACAAAGGGCUCAAAAGCGCGCGGAAAACGAGCUUCACCGGGUGAUGCGCGGGCAAGCAGUGGGAGGAGGAGAAGAGUCAGUUGUUGUUGUUGUUAAAGCUCAAGCGAUUGCACGGAAACACGGGGUACCCUGUGCGUCGCAGUUUAGUGGGCUUGCAGAGUUGUGGCAGGGCUAUGCUCGGGAGUUACUUUUUGGUUCUCAGAAUGGGAGCAACAGUGGUGCCACACAAAGACACGUGGAGAAAUCGACACCAGGAGUGGAAUUGGUGCAAAUGCUUGGAUAUGCUGGCAAAUUGGCAGCUGCAGAUAUGCAUGGAGCCCGUGUGCGUGUUGUUUCUGCUCAUAACCCGAGUCUGGUAGGUAUUACUGGGAUUAUUAUAUGGGAAGCAAAGACGAAUUUUGUGUUAGCUGUUGCUCCGCGGGGGGGUUUAAACAGUUGUAUUAAUUUGAAGACGGCUGUAGCUGGAGAGAAAAGAAAAAAGCAGGAUGGAAAUGGAAAUGGAAAUGGAAAUGGAAAUGAAAAUGAAAAUAAUAAUGAAAAUGAAAAUGAAAAUGAAAAUGAAAACGAAAAUGAUACCAUUGUGAGUGCUGAGAACCCUGGUAGAGCCGCAAAAGGUGGAUUAGCGGUGGCCCUGCGGUACUCGCUUAAGGACCGUAUUGGUGGUUUGCGGAUUGUGGAGAAACGGGGGACCAUUUUUUCAGUACAAGUUGACUAUGUGGAGGAACAGAAUGGUACAACUAAUAGUGACGCUUUGUCGUCGUCGUCGUCUUCGACGUCGUCAUCUAAGUCAUCGUCACUAGAAUUUGAAAUCGUGGGGUCCAGGUUUGUAUACCGAACAGCAGAGCGUGCUGGCAGGAAGUUCAAACCGCGAGCCGUUGACGAUCUUAUGUGA